UCCACGGCGGCGCUGCCGCUGGCGGGUGGCGCUGCGGCCGCAGUGCUCGUCUCUUCGCCAUGUCCGUCGCACGCCCGCUCGUUCUCUCGCUCGCCGCGCUGCUCGCCGCGCUGCUCGUCGCGCAAGUCGCGCACGCCGCGCCCAACGCGCUCGCACGCACGCGCCGGCAACUCGCCGACGACAAUACGUUGCAGCCCCUCGAUGACGCGGCGAGCGACGACCAGGCACGUGAGAAACGAAAACUAGAGGGUGUCACUGAAGCCAAGUUCGGCAUCAAGAACGCCGUCCUCGGCUUCGUUUUUGGAAAAAUCAACUCUUUGAUUGACUCGAAAACGCGAUUGGUUGAGUCACUCGACCGGCAGAACAUCGAAAUAAACAAGCAGUAUGGAAUCGAAGCUCCUAAGGGCGGUGGGCUGAGCUCGCUGAGUGGAAUCGUGGGACAAGUUAUUGGACCCAAGCUGCAAUUUUUGGGACCCAAGAUACAAGCUGUGACCGGACUACUGGGAGGCGCGUCGGGCGGCGGCGGCUCAGGACACAAGGACCUCAUCGAAUAUACGGUCCAGCCCAGCGUCGCCGGAUAUACGGAACAACCCGAAUUCUUCGGGUACACGCAACAGCAAGAGGGGGGGUCGACCCACUUCGCGUACGGCGAGCGCGCCGAGCGCGCGCGUGCUGCGCCAAGCCACAGUGAAGCCGACCGACGACAUCCCGGUGUUCGAUCGCAACAAGGUCAGCCUGGACUUCCCGGGCAGCCUGUUUGGACCAUCCGUGUCGCUCCUCAUCCGUACCACUAAAAUAGUUGGUGAUGUUAUUCAGAACUCGGCAGUGCGAUAUCAGUCCUUUUUGAGGCUGUUCCGACCGCUGUUCCGGGGUCCUUUCGAAAUUAAGGGCUUAGAUCCUCCCACAACUACAACUACAACUACACGCAGGCCGACCACCACAACAAC